UAUGACUCAUUCCUAUAAAGCAAAUGGUAAAAUCUCAAGUAUUUCGCAAUUAAAGAAUAGCAUACAAAAUAUCGUUACUAAUAUAAGGCAGUUGGAAGAAUUGGCAGACGAUAAUGGAGCUUCUGUAACGCUUGUGAACAGAUUGAUGCAGCAAACCGAUGAUCUGCUCGUCGUAGUAGAGAAUUCGUCGUUAGAAAGAUUUGCCAAUAAGGUGAAGAAAAGGAGAAGACAGCGUAAACUCAAGAAGUUGAAAAGAAAGGAAAUAAAAACAGUUGCAGGGAAGAAAAGCACUUUGAAGACAAAAACAUCUUCAACAUCCGCAUUAGCAUCGCCAACUGUUGAAGCACCUUCGCUUACUUCUCAUAUCGAACCUGUGUCGUCUACAGUUCACCCAACUCAAUUGAUGUCAAAAAAGCUUCAUAAUCGCCACUACGACGCUCAACGCUUCCUGCGAACGUUUGAAUUGUUAAAAAUGUUGCAUUUUUCACGUGGAAGAAGCGAGAAUAAAACAAGAGAUUUCGCCGCACAACUACACGAUUUGCGCGCCACUUGGAGCAAAGUGUUAAAAGAGAACACGUCCGAGUGUUCAAAAGAAAAAAAUGUAGAGGACCAAUGGACCGAGGUUUUCUUUGGACCUGCUGAGCUCUCGUAUUAUGGCGGUGAGCAAAAAAUUAGCGAUUUCCUGCGGGUAAGGCACAUCUGGGAUAGUUAUCUGACGCAUAGUAAACACGGCUCCUGUAUACCCUGUGGCUGGGUCUUACCCCGCGAAAAUUCUGCAGUAGAGUGGCAGGAAUACAGAUUUACGUGAUAACUUCAGAAUUCACUUGUUGCAUUUAAUGCCGUAGUAAUAAAAAAAAUGUACUUCCUCUUAUAUAAGCGAAAAAAUCAUAACUAAUAAAGCUCACUGAAGUUUUACACACUUCCAAACAAAAUAUUGUUCACGUAUAUUACAAUCAUACCUUUUUCCAUUAGGUUUACAAAUAAUACUUGGUAAUUAUUUAACAUCCCUUUACUUUAUUGGAAUAGUGGCAGAAGCGUACUUUUCACUUAAUAACAUGUUUCGUAUGGAGUAUUCAGAACAGUAAUACAUUUAACAUCUUAUUCGUAUACCCAACCUUCAGCAGCUGGUUGCCAUGAUACCAACUCUUUCUCGUUGAACCAAAGAGCGAUUUCCUUGUUUGCCGAUUCUACAGCGUCGGAGCCGUGGAUGAUGUUACGGCCUACCUGGAUGCAGAAAUCACCACGAAUGGUGCCGGGCAGGGAGUCAGCUGGGUUGGUGGCACCCAACAUUUGACGACCGGUCUUCACAACAUUCAAACCCUCCCACACCAUGGGAACCACUGGGCCAGAACUCAUGUAGUUGACCAAACCGGGGAAGAAGGGGCGGGCAGACAAAUCAGCAUAGUGU